AUCCGUAAUCUGUGUUCUAUAGUCUAUCAAAAUCAAAUUUAUUGUGAUGCUAUGUUAUUCAUAAAUCGUAGAUUUACAAAGUACCUUUAUUUAUUUCUUCAAUUUUCAAAUUCACAAUUUAUAAUUAUUCAGUAUGGCUGAAGUAAAGAAAAAACCAAUAUGUGUGAUUGUUUUGGGCAUGGCAGGUUCAGGAAAAACAUCCCUUGUAUCAAGAUUAAGUAAAUCUGAGAAAAAACCAUACAUCAUUAAUUUAGAUCCUGCUUGUUUACACAUUCCAUAUGAUCCCGAUAUUGAUAUAAGGGAUUCUGUCGAUUAUAAAGAUACCAUGAAGAAUUUCAAAUUAGGACCUAAUGGAGCUAUUGUAUCCUGUCUCAAUAUAUUUUCGACAAAAUUUAAUGAUGUUAUAAAAUUUAUUGAAAAAUGCCCUAAUGAAAUUUGUUUAAUAGAUACACCAGGACAAAUUGAAGUGUUCACUUGGUCUAUUUCUGGCCAAAUAAUUACUCAAGCAUUAGCAGCACAUUUCCCCACCUUAGUUCUAUAUGUAGUAGAUUCUGUAAGAAGCACAUCACCCACUACAUUUAUGUCAAAUAUGUUAUAUGCUUGUUCUACUAUGUAUAAAUAUCUUGUUCCUUUCAUUACCGUAAUGAACAAAACAGAUAUAGUUUCCCACUCUUAUGCAAUAGAAUGGAUGACAGAUGUUGAUAGUUUCAUGGAAGUUCUGGAAAAUGAUGAGAGCUAUGUAAGUACUUUGAACAGGCGUAUGGCUUUGGCUCUAGAUAUAUUCUACACUGAUCUGAAAAUAUGCGGUUUCAGUGCACUAAGUGGUGAAGGCAUUGAUGAAUUGUAUAAUUUAAUUGACAAAGCUAGAGAAGAAUAUGAGACGAGCUAUAAAGUUGAAUAUCAGAAAAUAAAAUCAAAAGCAGAAAAACAUAAUGAAUUAAGGAAUGAAGAAAAAGAUGAGACUUCUGAUUUACUUAUCACUGAUCAGGAACUGAACGAAGUAUCAAAUGUUUACUUAAGGCAUCCUGCAAACGACAGUAGUUCUGAUUCAGAAGGUGAAGAAGAACCUUAUGACGGUGAAUCUACAGAAAUAGACGCUGAGUCAUAUUCCAAACAUUUAGAGAAUCAGAAACAAAUACAAGUGAAAAAAGCCAAAGAAGCUGAAAUGACGAAGUCUUCAAGUGCCUCAACAUCUAAAAACAACUGUUAAUAUAGAAAUGAAUAAAAAAUCUAAAGGUUU